ACCAUGCCUGAUCCGUCUAAAUCGGCCCCCGCGCCCAAGAAAGGCUCCAAGAAGGCCGUCACCAAGGCGCAGAAGAAGGACGGCAAGAAGCGCAAGCGCAGCCGCAAGGAGAGCUACUCCAUCUACGUGUACAAGGUGCUGAAGCAGGUGCACCCCGACACGGGCAUCUCGUCCAAGGCCAUGGGCAUCAUGAACUCGUUCGUCAACGACAUCUUCGAGCGCAUCGCCAGCGAGGCCUCCCGCCUGGCGCAUUACAACAAGCGCUCGACCAUCACGUCCCGCGAGGUGCAGACGGCCGUGCGCCUGCUGCUGCCCGGCGAGCUGGCCAAGCACGCCGUGUCCGAGGGCACCAAGGCCGUCACCAAGUACACCAGCUCCAAGUGAGGCGCACCGGCCACCCCGGAACACAAAGGCUCUUUUCAGAGCCACCCACACAAUCGGAAAAAGGGUUUCGAACACGGUGAAGGGUUGUCCUGUGAACUCGUUCGGUUCCGGGACCCCAGGUGGU